GCCCCCAAAAAGGAAGGCAGCUUGCUUUGACGCACCGAGAAAGACUAGACGCACGUGGCUGGCUCCUGCACGCAGCACGGUUCUGCAUGGCAGUCCUGCCGAGCGUCCGGGCAUCUUCCGCCUCGCGGUUCCGGUCCUCGCGUGUCGUGGCUCCUGCCCGGCCGCGCCCGGCCAGGCUCGUUCCAUUUGCAGCGGGUUGUACAGUAUUUGCUGUUGCCCUACAUAGAUUCGGCCGAAGUAGAGAUUGCCGUGCGAACGGGCGACAAAUGAGAAGCGUCGCAGUCCACGCUUUGCAGUCCAUCCAGAAGGUUGCAAGCCAAACGGAACAGUCAUGGCUUGAGCGGUUGACAGCCGAUCCGGAGAUGGAAGCGAAUCAACCCAAUCACAGCCCACGGCAAGUGACCUCGGGCCACUAUGUGGAAGUGUUGCCAACACCGUUGCCCAGUCCGGAGUUAGUGAUCUACUCACCGGAGGUGGCUGAGAUGUUGGAAAUUCCACCUGAAGAGAUUGAAUCAGAGGCUUUCAAGGCCUUCUUCUCUGGAGAUCAAUCACAGGUGCCCAAUUUGAAGUCCUGGUGUACACCCUAUGCUUUGGCCAUCAUGGGUCAACGCAUGGUCUCUAACUGCCCCUUUGGCAACGGCAACGGCUACGGCGACGGCCGAGCCAUCUCAGUGGGGGAGCUGCUCACUGCCAGCGGCCGCUAUGAGAUGCAACUCAAGGGCGCUGGUCGCACACCCUUCUGCCGAGGUGGUGAUGGACGUGCUGUUUUGCGCUCUUCCGUGCGAGAGUUCUUGGCAUCUGAAGCCAUGCAUCACUUGGGGGUCGAAACCACCAGAGCUUUGUGCUUGAUUGUCUCUCAUGGUGAAACAGCCAGGCGAGCUUGGUAUUCUGGCGCACCUGCCGGUGGAAUGUUUGGCGGAAGCCGUGAGCCUGAUACUGUAAUCGAUGAGCCCUGUGCCAUCUCCACCCGCGUCUCUCCGAGUUUCCUCCGGGUGGGUCAUGUGGACCUCUUUGCUCGCCGGGCGGCCGGCAGCAGUGAGUCCAUGGCAGAGCUGGAGCAGAUCGUGGAACACGCACUCUUCAGGGAAUAUCCCCAAAUCGCUGAGCGUCAGGAGCCUCUAAAAGAGAAAGCCAUUCUGAUGCUCGAGGAGUUCCCAGAGCGCCUGGGACAGAUGGUGGCAGGAUGGUUGCGAUGCGGCUUUUGUCAAGGGAACUUUAACUCUGACAAUUGCUUGGUGGGUGGCCGUACCAUGGACUAUGGCCCCUUUGGAUGGAUUGAUCGUUAUAACCCACUCUUUGCAAAGUGGACUGGAUCUGGAGAGCACUAUGGCUUUCUGAACCAGCCGCAAGCUGCUAUCGCCAACUUCCAUACCUUGUUGACUUCAGUGGCUGUGCUGCUGGGUGAUGAGGCUCAGCCCAAGGUGGUUGCCCUCAUGGAGGCCGGUGCCCGGAAGAUCCGCGCCGCCGCGCAGGACGCGUUCCGCGCGAAGCUGGGCUUUGAAGCGGAAGAGGCUGAAACGGCCCUGGAGCUUUGGAAGGACUUGGAGCCUUUGAUGAGGAAGUCAGAUAUUGACUAUACAAUCUUUUGGAGGCAGCUUGCUGCAGUUCUUGAAUGUGCAGAGAGCGACCAACUCCAGCAGAUAGAGCCGGCGUUUUACAAGGCUCCAUCGAAGGAGCUGGCUGAAGAAUGGCAAGCUUGGCUGCAGAGAUGGGCUGACACUGUGGGAGACGCCCAGGAAGUCACUGCACGGCUCAGGGCGGUGAAUCCGAAGUAUGUGCCCAGGGAAUGGAUGCUGGCCGAAGCAUAUGACAAGGCUGCCCAGGGCGACUACAGCUUGGUCUCCGAGUUGCUGGAGCUCUUUCGCCACCCCUACGACGAGCAACCGGCCUUCGAGGCGAAGUACUUCAGCCGAGGGCCCGAGGAGAAAGUGAACCAAGGCGGCAUCGCUUAUAUGACCUGAUCUUCAUAGGCCAGUGACCCGUUUUUUGGUGGUCACUGGCUUGAUCUGGCUUGCCAGAGUCUCCAAAAUCUGCCCACAUUGGCCACAUGGAGGUGGUGCUUGUGACUCC